AUGAAACUCUCUGUAUAUUUUGCUGUGCUUGUCUCUACGGCUGCGUUUGCAGCGCCGGCAUAUGUCUCACGCGCCGGCUUCGCGCUCCAGAAUGGCGAGAAAGCUAUCGCUCUCAACAACCAGUUCAAGACGCUCACUGCCAACUCCUCAUGCACGUCCGGUGAUAUUGCGUGUGUGAACAGCGAGUUCGCCCAGUGCGUCAAUGGCCAGUAUGUUUUGCAUUCCUGUGGCACGACCUUGAUCUGCGCCGCGCUGCCGCUGGUCAAUUCCGAAGGAACGAGCGUCACUUGCACCACACAAGGAGACCUCGAUGCACGUAUCGCGGCCACUGGCGCCACAAAUGGCACUUCAUCUCCGAGCGCCGUUUCUAGCGUGGCCCCUGUGAGCUCUGCAUCCGCUGUCUCUCAUUCGACCUCAAAGCCUGCUACAACCGCUAGUGCGGUAACGAGUGUUGCACCCAGCGCUGCGUCUGCAAGCGCGGUAUCUAGUAUCGGAAGUGAUUGCUCCGGGUCUGCAGUCUCGUCCUCUGUCUCAGCAGCUACCCCCACUGCUAGUGCCGUUGCGUCCCAGAACAACGGUACCUCGUCCGGCAACAGUACUGAUCCCCAGUCGUCCUCCACCCUCCUUCAGUCGGUUAUUGCUACAGGGUUUGAGAAUAAUGGUCAGGACCAACCUCAGGCAGGCCAGGUACCGUCACAGACGUCGUCGAACAACUUCAUUAAUUUCUGCGCCACGGUGCCACAGCUACCGAUCACGAAUGGGCAGCAGAUCAAGAACGGAUCAUGCAACCCAGCGCCGAUGGGAAUCAUCGCGUCGACGAACAACAUGCCGUCGGCCAAGUUCGUGUUUCCGGCGAACAUGGGCACCGUGAAGGCGAACACCAACUUCACGGUGACGAUGGCGAUCUCCAACCUUGCCACUGGCUUCUUCGUGAAUGCGGACGAGAAUUAUUUCGCCGCGCCACAAACAACGGACAGCGCGGGAAACGUGAAGGGCCACUCGCAUCUGGUGAUUGAGCGCCUCAACUCGCUAAACCAGACGACGCCGACGAACCCAAGCCAGUUCGCGUUCUUCAAGGGCUUGAAUGAUGCAGCACAGAAUGGCACCCUCACCGCGCAAGUUACGGGUGGACUUCCUGCUGGUGUAUACCGGAUGGCAUCAAUCAACAGUGCGGCAAACCACCAGCCGGUGCUCGUCGCGGUUGCGCAGCACGGAACGCUUGAUGACAUGAUCUACUUUACUGCGCAGUAA